GAUUCGUUAACAAGAGCAAUCUUUUAUUGAAGGCUUUUCGAGGGGUUCCAAAGGAUUGUUGCUUCGAUAAUUAAUGAUGGCAAAAUUGCUGUGGAUCACUAGCAUAUUGUUAUGUGCAAACCUUGAAUCUCAUCUCUUAUAUGCACAGAUCUUGCGCUUCCCGUCAGAAAAGCCAAAUUCAUUAAAUUCAGAAUACUACAGACCUCUAAUAGGAAUUGUGAGUCAUCCAGGGGACGGAGCAAAUGGAAAGCUGAGCAAGGCAGCUAACGUGUCGUACAUAGCUGCUUCGUACGUUAAAUUUGUCGAAUCUGGAGGUGCCAGGGUUGUUCCUCUCAUAUAUAAUGAAAGUCCAGAAAUUUUAGAACAGAAAUUUCGAGCAGUGAAUGGUCUUAUUUUCACAGGCGGAAGUGCUAAAUAUGGUCCUUACCAUCAGACAAUUAAAAAGCUUUUUCAGAGAGCUAUUGAAGAAAAUGAUAAUGGAGAAUACUUCCCUGUGUAUGCUGUUUGUUUAGGUUUUGAGAUUCUCAGCAUGAUUAUUAGCCAGGAUCUAGGCAUUUUAGAAAAUUUCGAUGCAGUGAACUCUCCAUCAACCCUAAUCUUUGAAAGUGAGGCUGCAAAGAAUAGCAGCAUAUUCAAAUGGUUUCCCUCCAGCAUACUCAGUAAGAUGAGCUCAGAACCCCUUUUUAUGCAGAAUCACAUGUUUGGGGUUUCACCUGAGCGUAUGUCAACAAAUGACGGCCUUUCAAGUUUCUUCAAAAUACUUACAACAAGUUAUGAUAAGAACAAUAAGACAUAUGUCUCAACUGUUCAAGCUUACAAAUAUCCAGUGACUGCUCUGCAAUGGCAUCCAGAGAAAAAUACAUUUGAAUGGGAAAUUACAACAACUCCUCACUCUGCAGAUGCAGUUCAAGUAACUCAAAGUGUCGCAAAUUUUGUGGUCAGUGAGAGUCGAAAAUCCAACCAUAGGCCAAGCUUUAAGCAAGAAGAGGAGUACCUCAUUUACAAUUAUUCCCCAACAUACUCUGGUAAAGUUGGGGGAUCGUUUGAUCAAGUUUACCUCUUUACAUGAAAUUAUUGACUGUUCUGCCAAAACAUUCAAGCGAGAAUGAGCAAUGCAACCAUCUUAUCAAAGAUGCCUGUAAUGAAGUUUCCUUUCAGACUCAAUGGUGAAAAUCAUCACAGUUUUAAAUAAGAUUGUUGUUCUAAUACUGGAAUGUGCAAAGAACUGCACUUGAUGAAGCUAGUUGAUAUAUUUACUAAUAAAUCUGUGCUUGCAUA